GCACUAUGCGAAAUAUAAUCUCGGCAACCUAAUAACAUUGUCCAGUGAUCAAGUGUUUCCGUGGUUCAGUCUUGGAGUGCUCGCCAGUCACGUGGGAUGUCCGAGUUUGAUUUUCAGCUGACUCACUCUCUACAAAGCUGUCACCUUUUAAAAUACACAUAAUGAAAAAAUGGUAGAUGCAGAAUUCAAACGGAAAUUAAAUGAGAUCCGAGAAAAAGUAGAAGAUCAUUUUGACUUUGAAGGAUGUAAAGUUGGUCGUGGAACAUAUGGCAGUGUUUACAAAGCUAAACGCAAAGAUGGUGCAGAUAAUAGAGAAUAUGCUCUCAAACAAAUCGAAGGCACUGGUUUAUCAAUGUCUGCAUGCCGAGAAAUUGCUCUUCUUCGUGAACUGAAACAUCCAAAUGUUAUUACACUACAGCGUGUUUUUCUUAAUCACACAACUAGGCGAGUAUGGUUGUUAUUCGAUUUUGCAGAACAUGAUCUUUGGCACAUUAUCAAAUUUCAUAGAACAACUAAAGCAAAUAAAAGUAUAGUUCAAGUUUAUGGAAAUAUGGUGAAAAGUUUAAUGUAUCAAAUACUGAACGGUAUUCAUUAUCUACACGAUAAUUGGAUUUUACAUCGAGAUUUGAAACCAGCAAAUAUUCUUGUCAUGGGUGAAGGUCCAGAUAGAGGUCGUGUUAAAAUAGCUGAUUUGGGUUUCGCUCGUCUAUUUUAUCAACCGUUAAAACCGUUAGCGGAUCUGGAUCCUGUUGUUGUAACAUUUUGGUAUCGUGCACCUGAACUAUUGUUGGGUGCAAGACAUUAUACGAAAGCAAUUGAUAUUUGGGCUAUUGGUUGUAUAUUCGCUGAAUUGUUGACCUAUGAACCGAUAUUUCAUUGUCGUCAAGAGGAUAUUAAGACAAGUACACCUUAUCAUAAAGAACAAUUAGAACGAAUAUUUCGUGUAAUGGGUUAUCCUCCAGAUGAUGCUUGGGUUGAUAUGAAAAAGAUGCCAGAUUAUCAUCAAUUAAUGCGUGAUUCUAUCAGCAAAAAAACAUAUGGCAAGUAUUCAUUGGAGGGUUAUCUUGAAGAGAAAAAGUUCAAAGUAGACGAAAGAGAAUUAACGCUGCUCCGGCGUUUGCUUACCAUGGAUCCGGUGAAACGUUUAUCUGCCGCUGAAGCCAUGGAAGAUACCUACUUUAAAGAGGGUGAAAAACCGAAUGAUGACGUUUUUGGAAAUCUGCCUAUUCCUUAUCCUAAACGUGAAUUCAUCUCUGAUGAUGAUGCAGAUGAAAAACAAACUGGUGCAGAUAAAAAUGUAACACAACCUACUCAACAACAACAACAACAGACUGCAGCUGGAGCUGGUGGUGGUGGUGCUAGUCGACAAACUGCUGCACAUCCUACGGGGAUGCAUACUCAUGCUCAUCAAUCUCAACAGCAACAACAACAGCAGUCUCAACAACAACAACAACAACGGGGAAACAGUGGUGCACAACCACAAUUACCCCCACCACCACCAACAACAACAACUCAGCAACAAUCUCAACAGCAAAGAGCUGGUGGAAAUCAACCACCAACACACCACCACCAACAACAACACAUGAAUACUACUGGUGGUGGUCAGCAGCCUAAUCCGCAUACAAGACAAUUAUCUCAUCAACAGAUGUAUUGGUGUGAAUCUUUGUGUUGCCGCGAUGGCGAUCACUACUAUUACGUAAAUAUGGAAUAUCCAAAAACUGCGCGUCGAAAUGUCUUGCGUGAAAUGAUGUUCCCUUCAAAUAUCCUGCAUCAUCGUAUAGACUAUAAUCAUAAUCAUCACUGUUGUAAUAAUGAAUCAUUGGAUAAUUGGAGUUAUUCACAAGACUGUUCGGAUCACAAUUGCUACAUUGCGGGUAACAACAAUACUUGCAUUCAUUCUACACCUACCACUUAUCACCGUGUGAUCAACCAAGACGAAUUGAUGAUAUCUUCACGAUUUAUGCAAGAGAAUAUACAGUCAGCCGAAACGUCUACUCAAUAUCACAACCUGUCUGUGUUUGUAGGUGGAAUGUACGAAAAUCGAAAAGCACCUGAAGAAAAUUAUGUGUAUGCACCAUAAGCGGUAAUCAGCUCAGUCCAGAUAUUGUGUAUCCUCCUCUAGCAGUACACAGUGAUAGACGAAAUUCUAUGAAGAUGAGUAAUAAUUAUUGUGUAGCACAGGGCAUUAGUAGCGACUUAUAUAAUGUGUGCAAUAGAAGAUUGGAGGUUAUACGCAAUUCUACUUUACCUGUUCGUCAGUAUAUCUCAUCAUUUAAGAAUGAUGACAUGUCGUCGAGUAAACGUAUUCGACUAUCUCAAGGGAAUAACGAUGCAUCGAUUGCACCACCACCGGCACCAUCUUCUUCAGCAACCUCCUCGUCGUUGUCGUCGGCAGUCAACAACAGUGGGUUGUUGAAUACAAAUAAAACAGCUCAAUCUCAGCAACAUAUGCCUAAUGCUGGAUCAAAUUAUCCACAUCAACAACAACAACAACAACAGCAACCGAUGAGAAACAUUCCAUCAAAUCACCUAGGUCAUCCAGGAGCUACUUAUCCCCGUUAUCAUUGACAGUCUACAGUAUCGCAUAGAAUUUUAUCUUGUACAUUGAUAUUUUCUUUUUGGUUUAUUUUUAAAAAUUCUUGUACAUAUUUUUUGACCCAGUUAAUAAUAAUAAUAGUAAUGUACAGAAAAGUGUGGAUACUUCUACACUGCUCUCUUAUUAUGGAGUUAAAAAGAAGCGGUUUUGGGGUUUAUCCAAUCCCCUUUAUAAUUGAUAAUAAUAAUAUUACCGAAAGUCUUGAUAUUAUUUCCAGUCGACUAGAAUCAGGUACAACACUGUCAAAAAGAUGUCAACUGGACACCAGUGAAAUAAUUGAGGGCUUAAAAUUCUGUCUAGAAGGCCUAAUGAAGUUCUUCGCAUCAAUCUCAAUUGACAUACGUUCUGACAAGUUCUUAAUCUAUGUUUCUUCCUCCGACUUUGCACUUGGACCAUGAACAUUAACGUGAACUGUCGUUUUUUCCCCAUCUGUUCUAACUAAAUGGCUACUUGGCUUACGUUAGGAAUUCGUUUCAGUCAUCUUUGGAAAUUUUUUAUCAGUUCGCAUACAAUUUUCUCAUAA